UUAGUUUCAUUUAAUGAGUCAUAGGGUUGUGAAGUGAUAACGUGCAACCAGCCAGACGGUUCUAUUGACGCGGAAAAAAAACGCAUACCGUCCAUGUGUCCAAACUAAAUAUAUAACAAACAUUGAGUGUGUGCUAUCCGAUAUAUUUUAGCGGUUCCAAUUUUGUCGUCGUUUUAUUAAAAAUAAUUUUGUUGUAACGUUUGAUGUGAUACGUCACGAAACAGAAAAUCUGUAUUGGAAAACAAUGUAAACGAAAGUUGUUGUGCAACCGAGAAUAUUUUUUUUGUUAAUUUUUCAAAGUGCUAAACUGCUACACAGUUUUGUGAUUUAUUGUGUUAUAUUCUACCCAAGCAAAAAGAAAUGAUGGGCUCUAAGUGCUGAUUUUUGUUUUGUACGAGGUUUUGUAUAGAUAUUCUUGUUGGUUCGUUCGUAUCUUGCUUAAAUUAUACUUACGAGAAAAAUAUCUCUCGCGUUUUAGGAUUUAUUGUUGCCGAAAGACGUGAGUUUGUGUAGAACAUUUCACUAUCCAAUAUACGUCACAAACAUCAAAGGUAAAUUGUUAGCCAUAAAUGUCUUGGAUAUGUUCAACGAUAAUCAUUUAGCUUAUUAAUUGGAUUACAUAUUAGCAUGAUAAGAUAAGGUCAUCUGAUCACUGCUGUUUUGCAUGACUCAACUACAAGAAUUGAUUAAUCGCAUCCGACAAAUGAACUCACAGUAGAUUCCAAUAGAAAAAGAAUUGUUGGAUUGUUCAUCGUGUUAUUUGCAAUAACCGGCCGUCACCAUUACCAUUAUUAAAGGGAAUAUCUUCGUUAUCGAAGAUCAAAACAUUUUUUCGUCACAACGUCGCAGAGAAUCUUUCAAGCUGGCCGCCUCCGUAGCAAUGAAUCCACAUUAUCAUCGAUAUGCGGAACUGUCGUCACCGCAUCCACCUAGUCCAGACAAUAAUAAUUAUCCCCAAUUGAGUGGGGGUGGCCAUCAUCACAAUGGCCAUGGACCGACGAUGAAUCCGAUUGAAGGACAUCAGCAAGGAUUCCAUCACCUAAACAAUAAUAAUUUACCGAUUAAACAGUGCGCUGGAUGUUCUGGUAAAAUUACCGAGAGAUAUUUUCUGCAAGCGCUGGAUCGUUUCUGGCAUAAUUCGUGUCUGAAAUGUCAAUGUUGUAAUGUACAGUUAGCCGAUAUUGGUUCUAGUUGUUUCACGAAAAGUGGAAUGAUUCUAUGCAAAAGCGAUUACACAAGAAUGUUUGGAUCAGGCAAUUGUUCAGCUUGUGGUGAACAUAUUCCUCCUAAUGAAUUGGUGAUGAGAACAACGUCACAAGGUGGUAAUCAACAACCGGGAAUUCCGCAGAAUAAUCAAAAUCUACAUAGUCCUGCUAUACAUCAUGUAUAUCAUAUCAAAUGUUUUCGCUGUUCGAAAUGUACGUCACAUUUACAGUGCGGAGAUAGAUACUACAUGAUAUCCGGUAAUUUAGUGUGCGAGCAAGACUGGCAUAAAUUAGUUAAAACCUCAACAGUAAACAAUGCAACGCCGCCAGUACGUAAAGGAAAAGUAGGCAGACCGAGACGAUCGCGAGACUGAGAAGUUGCUCCACGUUUGGGACGGCCACCAAAGAUUAAAAAAGAAGAACCGGAAAGUCCCAACGUUCCACUAACACUUAAUAACGACGAUGAAUUAGUUCGUAAUUUUACCGGAAUCACCCGACCAUCCAAUCCCAAUCAAGUGAUGCCACCACCAAAUGAACAAUUAUACAGUAGUUUGUACGGUCGCGAAAUGGAAAUGAUGCGAAAAAUGUUUAAAAACAAUGACGAUCGACUAGACAAUUCAAUGAUGCUUGGUGCUAAUCCAGCUAAUCUACCGAAAGGUUUUCAUCCAAACUAUCCAAACAUUUUCCCCGGAAAUAAUCCUAAAUAUUUUGAACCGUCAAUGAUGCGCUUUGAAUCAUCUGUUGCGGAAAAAAUGAGAAAACACGAUGCAGCCAAAGCAGCAUUGUAUCCAAUUGGACAUCCACUGUACACAAACCGGCAAGCCAUCAAUCCGAUCAACACAAAUAACAGCCAAUUAUACGAUGAUGUGCACAGCAAACAUCAGCAAGGAUUACUAAAGCCAUUAUUCGAUGACAAACAGCAUCCACAUUUUAAUGUAAAUUUUAACAAUAAAACCGAAACGAGCUUAAUAACCAAAUCUUAUCCUGGUUUUGAAAAUUCCUUAUCCAACAAUGAUACAACGAACCAUAACAAUUUGCUGCUAAGUGAAUCUCAAUUUGUUAGUCACAAUUUUAAUGUUAAUAAUUAUACCAAUCGUAGUGAUAAGAACCAGAGUACAUUUUUAAACAAUCGUGGCAAUCAUUCGCCGAGUGAUUUUGUGAAUGCCACCAAUAAUAACAGCAGUGAAUUCGAUUUGAAUAAAAGUGGUGAUAAUAAUAACGUUGGCCCGCUGGCAACGCAAUUAAAGGUGACGUCAAAUAUUAAGUGUACGGAUGCAUCAUCAAAAGAGUUCGGCAAUGGUAAUGCAACCGGCAUACAUUUUGAUGAUGACAAAUCGCGAAACAGCAGUAACGAUAAUGACGAUGAUGAAUUUACGAAUUUGUAAAAAAAAUAGAGAGAAAAUAAGAAGAAGAAAAUGGACAGAAAGAAACUGAAACUUUUACUGUUAUCUUGUAAGCAAUCAUACAAUUAAUGAACACUCUGUAAAAAGAAAGUGAACGAAAAAGGAAAUUAAAAUUAAAUUUAAAGAAAAUUAUUGAUUAGGUUAAAAAUAAAAUAUAUUUAAAAA